CUCGGGGGCGGGGCUUGGCGGCGCGGGGCGGAGGAAGGACGCGGAGUGCGGGCCACGUGCUCAUAGUGUGGAAACUUAGACCUCUGCGCCUUAAAGCCCAAUUCGCAAGCAGCAUGGAAUUGGCUCAUGCAAUUAUAGAGGCUGAGAAGUCCCAAGAUCUGCAGUCAACAAGCUGAGACUCUGGAGAGCUGAGGGUGUGGUUCCAGUCCUCGUUUGAGUUUGAAGGCAGAAGACUGAUGUCCCUGCUCCAGGACAGCUCUCGAACAUCUUCAAAUAAAGAAGUGGUUAAAAAGAACGAUAAACAAAAUAAUGAAGAUAUGAAACCAAUCCAGAAUUUCACAAUACCAGUCACACAGGCCCUGAACUACAAUCUGAGCAGACAAGGGCAUUUAGUAAAAGAACCUUGGAAUGCAUUCAGCCAUGACUGCCCAGUCAAUGUCUCCGUGGAUGGAAUCCCAUGCAUUCUCUUUUGGGCCAAAAGAAUAACAAUUAAGUUUAAGAACCAGACCUGGCUGGACCUUACAGAGGAAACUUUGGGCCAGAAGGCAACAGUGGAUGCUAUCAACUCAAAUUGCAGUGAAGAAAGUGCUAAGUUGUCUCUGAAAUUUGAUGAUGCUGAAAAUUCCAAAGGUCUUGAGAUAAGAUUCAUUCUUACCAAUUACAACAAGUUUUCCAUGCAGAGCUGGUUUCGUUUGCACCGAGUUGAGAUUAUUUUUAAUAAUUCAAUCCAAGCAACUUUUAAUGCAACCGGUAUAUAUGCUCCGUCAAGUUAUUCCUACCACUGCCAGCAUGUCAGCAGCCAGCAGCGGUAUGAUGCCCUCUUGCUGCCCAGCGACAUGGAUGAUAUGUCAAGCCUGUGGGAGGUUACUUUCAUUGAUUUCCAGAUCCAAGGCUUUACCAUCAAUGGGGAGCAGUUUGCCAAGGCCCGAGACUGUGCUUCUUCCUUCUCACCAGCUAUUCUGAUUGCCCUGGCCAUGUCCUUGAUCCUGCUGCUGGUCCUGGCCUACACCCUACACAUGCUCAUCUACCUACAGCAUCUGGACAGGCACUCCGAUUUCAUCACCUCUCCGGCCCACUUCCCCCAGCUGAAAGCAAGAGAUGCAGCAGAAGAGAAGCUGCUGAAGAGCCAGGGAGUUGAAAGCUAUGAACUGAGAACCCAACAGAUCUGCAAAAUGAAUAUAGCCUAAGAGAUAUCUGUCUUCCUGGGACGUCUGGAACAAUAUGGCAAUGAAAGUGAUGUUUGAUAUGAGUAGGAGUUGACCAGGUAGGUAAUGUGGAGAAGGACAAACAUAGCAAAAAGAAACAUAUAUGUAAAUACUAGACUUUACCAUGUGCAGAGAACUAUGCAAUACAUAUAUGUAGGUAGGCACAUAUAAUCUAUUUAGAGGAAUGAAGAGAGGGAACAGAUUAUUUUAAUUCUGUUUAGCACUCAACUAAAGAAUUAGAAUCUUGACUUUAGGUAAUGGUGAGGCCCCCAAGAUAAUUUUAAGCAAGAUAAUUACAUGGUGUGUGUGUAUAGAGUAAGAUAGAAAUGCCAAUCAGGAUAUUAUUGCAACAUUCAGACAAAAAAUGAUGGGACCUAAACUAAGACAGUGGGGUGGGAAGAAAGAGCUACAAGAGGUGUGUAGGAGGUUGCUUCAAUAAGACUUGGCAAACAUUGGCAAAACACAAAUAACUGGUAGGUAUCUUAUGUGGGGUGCUGGGUGGAUGGUAAUGCCAGUCUCUAUAAUCAGGGAGAAAGGGAUGAGAGGAAUGGGAGUUGGGAGAUUCCUGUAGGCAGGUCUUAUAGUAGAGGCCCACGAAUGGAUUUGGGACCAUAUGUGCAUAGAAAGGUCUUAACUAGAAAAUGGUAAAUGUAGCAGAAGCUGUCACCCACAUACCUUUACCAUUUCAGUGUAUCCUGGUGGCCCUUUUUCCAUUGCCAAUAACUGCCCUCAGAGGCAGCCAUACCUGUGUUCUUGGAAGGUUAGAAGCACUGAAGAAUUAAUGCCUCCCUGGGAGUAGUCUUCAUCCAGUGACUCUUAGGAAUUGUAUUCAAAUACUCCAGUCAUUUGAUCAUUCUGGAGUGUCUUCUACACCAUUUCCUGGAGUUCCCAGCAAUACUAAGCUUUUUCCCAUUGUGAUAUCUUGCUUGAUAAUGUUCACUUUAUUGAUUCCCUUCUCUGCCCUGUUUUACUUCCCUGCUUUCCAAAUGAUAUUUCUGGUGUCACCUCCAAAAUAAAGGAGUUGUAU